AUGAGCGACAUGAGAAGAGCGGAUUCUCCUUCUGCAUACUAUUGUUGGACUUUUGCUGUUGAGCAGAUAGAUGAGGAGAAACGCUCGCAUACAAUUGAUGUGCUGGUGAGGAAUAGCGUGAAGAACUUCGAAUUAUCGACAGCUGUUUCAUCUAAAACACCCUUAUUUCCUCCUUCUUCUCCAGCAAAUAUUGCAGACGAUAGCGUGUCGAGAGAAGACAGACCUCGACCGCGUCCGUAUUUCCCCGUCGUCAAAUUUCCGAAUAUGCUUGACGUGAAUUUUCGGCGACGACCCGGUACAAAAACGGUAUCCAUCAUUUCAUUGCGCUAA